GCCGAGGCCGCCGCCCGCUCGGAGGCAGACGCGGCGCGGGCCGAGUCGGCCGCGGGGCCGGGCGCUGGCGGGGCCUCGCCGCGGGCCGGGGCGCGCGGAGCCGGCGCGGGCGGCCAAUGCGCAACUGGCUGGUGCUGCUGUGCCCGUGCGUGCUCGGGGCCGCGCUGCACCUCUGGCUGCGGCUGCGCUCCGCGCCGCCCGCCCGCGCCCCCGGGGCCGGCGCGGCAGAUCACUCAGCCUUCUUUCCUCAGUGGAAAUCGAGUCACUACGAUGUGGUGGUGGGCGUGUUGUCAGCUCGCGGUAACCGUGAGCUUCGGGAUGUGAUCAGAAACACCUGGCUGAAGCACUCGCUGCAGCACCCAGCCCUGAGCGCGCGCGUGCUUGUGAAGUUCAUCAUAGGCGCCCGGGGCUGUGCCGUGCCUGUGGAGGACCGAGAGGACCCCUACUCCUGCAGACUGCUCAACAUCUCCAACCCAGUUUUGAAUCAGGAGAUUGAGGCAUUUAGCCUUUCUGAUGAAGGCUCAUCAGGGCUCUCUGAGGACCGAGUCGUCAGCGUGAGCUUCCGAGUGCUCCACCCAAUUGUCAUUACCAGCCUCGGAGUGUUCUACGAUGCCAGCGACGAGGGUUUCCAGAGAAACAUCACGGUCAAGCUUUACCAGGCAGAACAGGAGGAGGCCCUCCUCACGGCGCGCUUCAGUCCUCCGAGCUGUGGCGUGCAGGUGAACAGGCUGUGGUACAAGCCCGUGGAACAGUUCAUCUUACCAGAGAGCUUUGAGGGGACGGUUGUGUGGGAGAGCCAAGACCUCCACGGGCUCCUGUCGGGGAACCUGCACAGGGUGACGGUGCGCGACGGCGGCGGCGUCCUCAGGGUCCUCACCGCUGGGGAGGGCGCGCUGCCUCGAGAAUUCAUGGAAGGCGUGGAAGGAGUUGCAGGUGGCUUUAUUUACACCAUUCAGGAAGGUGAUGCUCUCUUGCAUAGCCUUCACACUCGGCCUCAGCGACUCGCCAGUCACAUGAGGAGACUCCAUGAGGAAGAUGCCUUGCUGACAGAGGAGAGCAGUGUCCAUGGUGACAUCGUUUUUGUGGAUGUUGUCGACACUUACCGGAAUGUUCCUGCAAAGUUAUUGAACUUCUAUCGAUGGACCGUGGAAACAACCAGCUUCAAUUUGUUGCUGAAGACAGACGAUGACUGUUACAUAGACUUAGAAGCUGUAUUUAAAAGAAUUACCCAAAAGAAUCUGGAGGGGCCGAAUUUUUGGUGGGGAAAUUUCAGGUUGAAUUGGGCAGUGGACAGAACUGGAAAGUGGCAGGAGUUGGAGUACCCCAGCCCCGCGUACCCUGCCUUUGCAUGCGGGUCAGGGUAUGUGGUCUCCAAGGACGUCGUGGACUGGCUGGCCAGCAACUCGGGGAGAUUAAAGACCUAUCAGGGUGAAGAUGUGAGCAUGGGCAUUUGGAUGGCAGCCAUAGGACCUAGAAGACACCAGGAACCUCAAAGUCUCCCAGCUCCUGCCAAGAGACACUAUUGAUUUACCUCUGUCUGCUCUUAACUUGAAGUGGCCCCAGGAAAGUACCUAUAGCCCCAAGAAAAGGAGAAAAGCAAGAACACUGAACUGCCUGUGCUGCCCCGGGAAAGGACGCAGGUCACAUGGACAUACUGUGGCAGAGGAGCUGGUAUCUAGGAUGGGCUGCAAGAAAUUCUUCAUUUGGUCUGUUUUUCUCUGGAUCCUGAUGUCCACCAGCCUUUUUCCACUCAUUUCCAAAAGCUUUUCGGUAAUCAAGCUCAGCUCCUCGCCUUUCCUCUGGAAGAAUCUAUGUUGAUGUGAAAUAAGAACAAGUCUAUUAAAGUGUUUUUCUAACAAGUCACUUGUGUUUUGUACCCUGCCCUUCCUCCACUGCCCAAGCACAGAAUAACCAAUUGAGAGGGAUAAGAUAAUGACAUUUUUCACCUUUCUUUUUUUAACAUUGACAGAACUCAGGAGUUUGUUCAAAAAGAAUUCCAGUUUUAUCUUUUUCUUCAUGAGAACAUUUGCCCACAGGAUGGAGGAUGCUGGGUGCUUGGGGUCCCCUCUCUGGGACCGGCACCGUGUGGCCAGGCCUGGCCUUCCCACUUCCAUGGGGAGAAGCGGCUGACAAGGGGAGGAGACUGUGCUUUUGUCUUCGCUCUGCCUUAACUCCUCCAAGGAAGCAGGAGGGUACCAGCGCUCCUCGGGCGCACUCCUUUACCUCUCCUCAAAGGAAAAUAAACCGGCCAGGGCAGUAGAGCGACAGGCAUUUCUGGCACUAAUCUAAGUGUAAUCCUCUCUCCUGAGGAGUCAGAAAAGAACCAUUAUUACUAAAAUGGACAAAAACAAUGUUCCACCAUUUGAAGGAAAGUUACAUUUCACACCUUUUCACAACAUCCAAAUAUAAUUUGUUUUUACAGUUUUUGAUAAUUUCCCUUCUAGUCUAAAAUAUAUUUAAAGCCAGACAUGGGGAUGUGUCUGUUGUCUCAGUUACUUGGGAGGCUGAGGCAGCAGCACCUGAGUCCAGCACUUUUGAGGGCAGCUGAGCAACACCCAUCUCGGGGAAAAAAAAGAAUCCAGUCACGCUACGAUACCAGCGCUCACCUCACAUUUGUUCAGGGUCUUCAGCUGACCAAUUUUGGCAAUAAUGAGCUGUCGAGUGGUCUGUGCUUCCUUGCUCCCUUCAGUCAGGGGGUUCCUUAGGCAGGACAGGGCACGCAAGCUCUGUAAUUUAUCUAGCUCAUUGAUGAAUGACCACUGAAACCCAACAAGAAGAAAUAAAAGCAAUGUUUCAGAUUUUGUGAAUCAACAACAGAUGAGCAGAAGUCCCUGUUCUAACCCGAGGCAGGGAACCUUCAACUCGGAGCACCCCAAUGGGAGGACCACACUGACUCCACAACUGCCCCCUGACACCAACCGCGGCCUGCCUGGACGUACUACACCAAGCUCGCGCUAGGUAUUUUUCACUCUGCAUGAGCAGUUUCACUCUGAGGAGUUAUUUCUCUCUUGAUUUAAAAGGUUUAAAGAAGAAGGAACCUAGGAAUGCCACAAGAGUGGGAACAGGUGAUGAUGUGCUGGGCGCACUGUGGCGCAGCCCUUACUUGUGAUAUUCGAUUGUCGUUUACUACAAGGUACUGCAGGGACGGGAACAUGGAUGUUUUGCACCCUAGAAAAAGGAGAAUUAAGUCAUAUGGUAGAAGUGAAAGGAAACAGCUAAGAAUGGGGGAAAGGAGGCCAGGUGCAGUGAACCAUGCCUAUUAUAAUCCCAGUUCAUCAGGAGGCUAAGACAGGAGGAUCGUAAGUUCAAGGCCAGUCUUGGUAGCUAUUAUAGCAAGACCCUGUCUCAAAAUUUUUAAAAAGGGAUAGGGAUGUAGCUUAGUUGUAGAGUGCCUCUGGGUUAAACCUCCAGUUAAUAUACAAAACAGGGGGAUGGGGAGGAGUUUUUACUAAUCUCAUAUACCAAUUCCAGCAUCCGGAAAAUGUAUAGAAGAAAUUCCAGUGUCAGAAAGGAUUAGUUGUUCUAAUCUGAAAUUACAAAUGUUAAAUUUGAUUAUACAGAACAAUAUAAAUGCCGUGGGCUAUCAACCAGUCUAGGUUUAAAACUUUUUUCCUCUACCCUGGGUUUUCAUCACAUGUAAAAUGCUCCAGAAGCUAGAGUCCAGUUGAAGGCCUGCAGAAGGACCCUUCAUGCUCCAGCCUGGUGAUUCUACAGGCCUCAUCAGUGCCUACUGCUGUGUCUAUUGCUAAAAGGGUCUAAGAAAUAGUCUCAUUCCCCCAAACUUAACAAAUGCAGACUCGGUAUUAUAUCAACAAGGUCAAAUUAUCCGUUCUUCAAGUUAUCUAGUACAUGGUCCACAUUGUAUAUGGUUCACAGGUAAAUUCUCCAAAUGAAUUAAAAAAAAACUUCCUAUAGGGAAUUGCUCUAUUUAGGAAUCCUAUCAUCACUACCAUAUUUCUAUUGAGAAAAUUAAUAGCAUAUGAAAAUUCAUUCUCUAAAAAUUUACUAGGCCUACUGUAACAGGCAUUUUAGGAUCAAAUUACCUGGGGAGAUAGGCUAUCAGGAACAGCUGGUUUUCAUCAAUUAACGGGUUAGAGGAAAGGUCUAAUAACUUGAGCCUCUGUAGAACAUCAUUGGGCCUGUAUGGAAAACACCAUCUUUUCAACAUGUGUUAAUCUCUUAAUUGUUGCCAAGAACAUGGCGUUUCGUAUUAGGGAAGGCUGGGGUGGAGGCAAGUGGGUGUGACCAUGAAAAGGGAACCUAAAAGACCCUUGUGGUGAUUCAAAUGAUCCUACUUGUGAUACUGUGCCACGGAUCUGCAGCUUCUUAUCAAAGAGGAAACUGGAUAAUGGGGACAGGUAACUUCUGUAUAUUAUUUCUUAUAACCGCAGAAAAACAACUGCAUUUGACUGUAUAAUGAAACCAUUCUGUACAAUAAAAUUUACUAAUUUGAAUCCAAUUUUGUUGAAAAAAUUCCCACAAGUGUUUAUUUCAUACAAUUUAAUGGUGUAAUAAUGAAUAAUUUAACCCAUGAUGUCCAAACAUCCCAUUUAUGGAAAACCUAAAAAACAAAUUGAGUAACAAAUUUAUCACUUAUGCUAACUUUGAGAUAAAUUCUACUCUUUUGAGGAAAAUAAUAGAUGAAUGAUUAGUAAGAAUAUUCAUCAUAUUACUGACAUUAUUAAAAUUAAUGAAUUACGUAAUAAGCUUCAGAUUAUGAUUUCCAACCUAUUUUAAUGUACCUGUGUCAAUUUCAUUGAAAUAGAUACAACUGAAAGCUUGGGGCUUAAUGAUUUGAUAAGGAGAGGCAACAGUACACAUUUAAUUUAUUUAAAAGAACACACUUUUUGGGGGCUGGGAAUGUAGCUCAGAGGUACAGUGCUUGCCUAGCAUGUGUGAGGCACUGGGUUCAAUCCUCAGUGCCACAUAAAUAAAUAAAGUAGAGGAAUUGUGUCCAUUAAAAAAAAAAAAAAAAAAUGGUCCGGAGGAAUACAUUCUUGAAAAGAAAGCACAC